AUGCGCGGCAUCUCGUUCAUGACCAUGGCAACUCUUGCCCUGGCUCACCUCUCCCUGGCUCGUCUCGCCAACCAAAAGGUCAUUGCAUCCGACAACGAUGACAUGACCGAGGUUCACGAAGCGUAUGGCCUUUUUGUCCCCUCCCAGCCCCCCCCCUUCGCACGCCGAAGGACAUCACUGACUAGUCCUAGCCUCUUCCAAGCCGGCAUCAUCCCCAACGUCAUUUCCGAGUUCCAGCCCGUCCUCGGUCUCUCUGCCUCUUGGUCCAAAGAUGCAACCGCGUCCCUCGGAAACAGCCUCGACCCUUCGGCGCUCUCUUCGCCCCCAUCGGUUCAUCUCGAAAAAGCCGGUUCCGCAUCCAGUCUCGAGGCAGACAAGUCCUACGUCCUCACCCUCACGGACCCGGACGCCCCAUCGCGCGGCGAUCCCAAAUGGGGCGAGUUCUGCCACUGGAUCGCCACGGGACUCUCCAUCUCUGCCUCGGCGAGCAGGCUCGAGGACGUGCUGGAGUACAAACCCCCCGCGCCGCCGGAGAAGACGGGGCCCCAUCGCUACAUUUUGAUCGCCUUUGUGCCCGCCAACGGGACCACCGAGCCCCUGAACCUCUCGAAGCCGGGUGACCGGAAACACUGGGGGGCCAGCGCGCCGGGGCACGGCGUCAAGGACUGGGCGCAUGCCAAUGGGCUCGUGCCGAUCGCUGCGAAUUUCUUCUACGCUCAGAACAAGAAGCAGUAA